UAUGCUUGUUUCCCUCUAAGCUUCUGAUCUAGAACAGAACAAAAUUUGGGAAAAUGCUAUAACUUCUUUUCUCUUAUUCGUUCUUUUUUUCAGCCAUUUUGAGGAGAGGGUCAAGAGCAAUUCUCCGGGCCCUUCUCCGUAACAAUUUGGUAAUUGAACGCUAAGCAACAUUAUUUCCAUUUAUUUUUUUACUAUCUAAUUCAACCAGAGUUAAAUUUCCCAUUAGAGAUCAAACAUGGCGGGAAAUAAUCGUAAGAGGAAUGUCGCGAUUAUCGGUGUAUGUUCCUUAAUCUUGGUGGCUAUGGUAGUUGCAGCAGCCAUAACCACGAAGGGAAAGGACUCAGAUAAUAAUGGUCAAGAUGUCACGACUUCGCAAAAAGCUAUUGAAUCCAUUUGCCAAACAACACGUUAUCAACAUACAUGUGUUGAGAGCCUGGAAUCCUCAGCUGAAGGCUCCUCAGAUCCCAAAGAACUUAUCCAAAAGUCAUUUCAGGUGACAAUGAAGAAAAUUAAAGAAGCAAUUGAGAAUUCAACAAUGUUGCAAAAACUAGAGAAGGAUCCAAGAGCGAAACUUGCCCUGGAAAAUUGUCAGAAGUUGGCAUGGCAAGCCGUUAAUGAUCUCAAUCGAACACACAUCAAAUUCGAGAGUUUUGAGUUCAAUGAUCUAAGUCAUUGGAUUGCUGAUUUGAAGAUUUGGUUAAGUGGUGCCAUUACAUAUCAAGAAACAUGUUUGGAUGGCUUUGAGAAAACCACAGGAGAGACAGAGGAGAAAAUGAAAAAAGCAUUGAAUUCUUCGAUGGAACUAACUAGCAAUGCCCUUUACAUGAUUACCGAGAUUUCAUCUGUUUUCACAAGUCUCAAUGCUGGCAGCUCCAGUCGUCGUCGUCGUCUUCUCCUUUUCGACGAGGCCCCUGUCUUAGGUCAUGGAAAUGAGUUGUUGCCUGAUUGGGUUGAUAUGAGAAGGCGCAGACUUCUUGCUGCUAAGGAAAUUAAACCUGAUAUUGUUGUUGCCAAGGAUGGAUCAGGGAAAUAUAAGACAAUUAACGAGGCUCUCAAAAACAUCCCCAAUCAUAGAAACCAGACUUAUGUUCUGUACAUCAAACAGGGUGUUUAUAAUGAGAAAGUAGAGUUUACUAGCUCUAUGACGAAUUUGAUGGUCAUUGGAGAUGGUCCAACAAAGACAAGAAUUACUGGGAAUCUAAACUUCAAAGAUGGCACUCCCACCUAUCUCACCGCAACUGCAGCUGUAAUGGGAGAUUAUUUCAUUGCUAAGGACAUCGGAUUCGAGAACUCUGCUGGUCCAGAAAAACACCAAGCUGUAGCUUUGAGGGUGGCGGCAGAUAAAUCAAUCUUUUACAAUUGCCAUAUCGAUGGCUACCAAGACACACUCUGUGUCCACACCUAUCGACAAUUUUAUCGAGAUUGUGUGAUCAGAGGCACCAUAGACUUUGUUUUCGGCGAUGGUGCUGCUGUAUUCCAGAACUGCACUCUCGCAGUAAGAAAACCUCUGAAAGAGCAGCAUUGCAUUGUCACAGCACAAGGAAGGACAGAUGCACGCCAGCCGACAGGUCUUGUGUUUCAAAACUGCAGUAUCGUGGCUGAUUCUUCUUACGAUGAGGUCAAGGGGGAAGUCAAGACAUAUCUUGGUCGUCCAUGGAAAGAGUACUCAAGAACUAUAAUAAUGGAAUCUUCUAUUGAUGAUUUGAUUCAGCCAGAAGGAUGGGUGGAAUGGAAUAAAACAUUCGCUCUGAGCACACUAUUCUAUACUGAAUUUAAUAAUAGAGGGUCUGGUUCAUCCAAAAAAGAACGUGUAAAAUGGCAAGGCGUUAAGGAACUACAGAUAAAUCGUGUUCAACGAUUCACAGCAUCACAAUUCCUAGAUGGAGAUGCAUGGAUACCAUCUACUGGUAUCCCUUAUACACCUGGAUUCUUCUUAUCACCACCACAAAAUGAUGAUUCUGUCGAAUACUCCCCUGUGGAUGACGAAGAAUACAAAGACUUGGGAAGUGUGGAUCCAGUUGCAACUCCAGUGUCAGCUCCGGUGGCAGCUCCCGCAGAAUCUCCGACAGAAUCUUCUGCAGAAGCUCCGACAGAAUCUUCUGCAGAAGCUCCGACGACAGAACUAGUAGUGGUAGAAGCUCCACAGUCAGAAUCGCCAGUAGAAUCUCCGGCAGCAGAUUCAGAAGAACAUCGGACAGACACACAAGCACCAAGCCCAGCGGAAUCUCCGUCGGGAGAAGUAUGGCUCAACAGUAGUGAUGGGAGCGACGGCAGCUCCUAAUUAACAAGAAAGCUAUUGGGGCCUUGUUUAUAAGCUUUUAAUUCUCAGGAGCUUGAGAAAAAUCAUGUGGUUCUCAUCUUCUUGAUUGGGAAAUUUGUUCAUUAUGUGCAUGAGUCAAUAUGCUUGCUUCACCACCCAAUCAACAAUUUUUGCUAUUUGGAGAUAUACAAGCCAAUUGUUGCUAACAGCUCGAACAAUUAAAAAAAAACUGUGUAUAGGGAAGAUAUAAAAAAAAAAAAAAAAACAGUUAUUUUGUCGAAAAAUUGAAUUUUGCAAUUUUUCACAUGUCAUAAUCUGACUUGUAAUUAUAUUCCUUUUCUAUUUAUUCUGUCUUCAAAGUUUUUAUUUUC